AUGGGGAUGAAAUCGUCGGAUCAGCAAGCGACUCGCGAGCCAGACCAGGCCCCCGGGGAAUCUCGAGGCCCGAGGUUGGUCAUUAACGAGAUGGUGAUGAGGAACUUCAAGUCUUACGCUGGUGAACAGCGCGUCGGUCCUUUUCACAAGAGUUUUUCUGCGGUGGUUGGACCAAAUGGAAGUGGUAAGAGCAAUGUGAUUGAUGCCAUGCUUUUUGUAUUUGGGAAAAGAGCAAAGCAGAUGCGGCUUAAUAAAGUUUCAGAGCUUAUUCACAAUUCCACAAAUUAUCAGAAUCUUGAAAGUGCUGGUGUUUCUGUUCAUUUUCAGGAAAUUAUUGAUUUGGAUGAUGGGACAUAUGAAGCUGUUCCAGGAAGUGAUUUUGUUAUUUCCCGGGUUGCAUUUCGGGAUAACUCCUCCAAAUAUUACAUUAAUAACCGUGCUAGUAACUUUACUGAGGUUACAAAGAAAUUGAAAGGAAAAGGAGUUGAUCUUGACAACAAUCGAUUUCUUAUUCUUCAGGGUGAGGUUGAGCAAAUUUCACUGAUGAAACCAAAAGCACAAGGGCCUCAUGACGAAGGUUUCCUCGAAUAUCUGGAGGACAUAAUAGGAACUAACAAAUAUGUUGAAAAGAUUGAUGAAUCAUCUAAGGAGCUCGAAACUCUCAAUGAAAAACGAUCAGGUGUUGUGCAAAUGGUUAAAUUGGCGGAGAAAGAAAGAGAUAGCUUGGAGGAUGUUAAGAAUGAGGCAGAAGCAUACAUGCUGAAAGAGCUUUCUCUCUUGAAAUGGCAAGAAAAAGCUGCAAAACUGGCUUUUGAAGAUACCAACUUGAAAAUGGUUGAACUACAAGAAAAUUUAUCCAACUUAGAAGAAAAUUUGAAGAAUAAAAGGGAAGGGAUUCGGGAAAGCAACAAGAGGUUGAAGGAGCUUGAGUCUGUGCACAACACUCACCUGAGAAGAAAAGAGGAACUUGAUAAUGAUUUGAGAACCAGUAAGGAAGACUUUAAGGAGUUUGAAAGGCAGGAUGUUAAAUACCGGGAAGAUCUGAAGCAUAUGAAACAGAAACUGAAGAAACUUGAGGAUAAACUUGAAAAGGAUUCGUUAAAAAUUGAGGACGUGACAAAGGAAUGUGAGAACUCAACAAAUCUAAUCCCAAAACUUGAGGAGAACAUUCCAAAGCUUCAAAAGCUUUUGCUGGAUGAGGAGAAAGUCCUAGAAGAAAUGAAAGAGAAUUCUAAAGUUGAAACUGAGAGAUAUCGCUCCGAGCUUUCAAAGGUUCGUGCUGAAUUAGAACCGUGGGAAAAAGAGCUGAUUGUGCAUAAGGGAAAACUUGAAGUAGCUUACACUGAAAGCAAGCUUCUAACUCAAAAGCAUGAAGCUGCUCAUACAGCUUUUGAGGAUGCUCAAAAGGAGAUGGAGAACAUAUUGGGCAAAACUGAAACAAUAACAGUAGCCAUUGAGGGUAAGCGAAGUAAUCUGGAAAAGAACAAGCUUGAAGCAUUGGAAGCACGUAAACUGGAACAGGAAUGCAUCAAAGAACAAGAAGCAUUGAUUCCUCUUGAACAAGCUGCAAGACAGAAGGUUGCAGAACUAAAGUCGGUGCUGGAUUCUGAGAAGAGCCAGGGAUCUGUUUUAAAAGCAAUUUUGCAGGCUAAAGAAUCCAAUCAAAUUGAGGGAAUAUAUGGUAGAAUGGGUGAUUUGGGUGCUAUUGAUGCAAAAUAUGAUGUUGCCAUCUCAACUGCUUGUCCGGGACUUGAUUAUAUUGUGGUGGAAACCACUGCUGCAGCACAAGCAUGUGUUGAACUGCUUCGGAGGGAGCAACUUGGUGUUGCAACAUUCAUGAUUCUGGAGAAACAGGUUGAUCUUUUACAUAAAUCAAAGGAGAAAGUAAGAACCCCUGAGGGAGUUCCACGUCUCUAUGACUUGAUUAAAGUUCAGGAUGAAAGACUGAAACUUGCCUUCUUUGCUGCUCUUGGAAACACAAUUGUAGCAAAGGAUCUUGAUCAGGCAACACGUAUUGCAUAUGGUGGAAACAAAGAAUUUCGACGUGUGGUAACGCUUGAUGGUGCUCUUUUUGAAAAAUCUGGAACCAUGAGUGGUGGGGGAAGCAAGCCACGUGGUGGUAAGAUGGGAACAUCUAUUCGAGCGGCUAGCGUGUCUAGAGAAGCUGUUAUUAAUGCUGAGAAGGAGCUUGGUACUUUGAUUGGAUCGUUAAAUAGUAUCCGGCAAAGAAUUGCUGAUGCAGUCAGGCAAUACCAAUCCUCAGAAAAGAUAGUUGUGCAGUUGGAGAUGGACAUAGCUAAAAGUCAAAAAGAGAUUGACAGUUUGAAUUUGGAAUAUAAAUAUCUUGAAAAGCAACUUGAUUCCCUGGAGGCUGCCUCACGACCCAAGCAGGAUGAAGUUCAUAGGCUGGAGGAGCUUAAGGAGACCAUUUCUGCAGAAGAAAAAGAGAUUGAUAGACUCAUUAAAGGGUCUAAACAGCUGAAGGAACUGGCUUUAGAUCUGCAGAAUAAGAUAGAAAAUGCUGGGGGUGAAAGGUUGAAAAUGCAGAAGUCUAAGGUUGAAAAGAUACAGUCUGAUAUUGACAAGAAUGGCACAGAGAUCAACCGUCACAAGGUUCAAAUAGAGACGGGUGAGAAAAUGGUGAAGAAGUUGACAAAGGGGAUUGAAGAGUCAAAGAAGGAGAAAGAACGAAUCAUUGAGGGGAAGGAAAAGCUGCGUGGCAUGUUUAAAGAAAUAGAGCAGAAGGCAUUUAUGGUUCAAGAGAAUUAUAAGAAGAUGCAGAAGUUAAUCGAUGAACAUGGAGAAGUGCUGGAUAAAUCAAAAUUGGAGUAUGAAAAAGAGAAAAAAUUGGUUGAUGAGUUGCGUGCAUCAGAGGUGGAUGCUGAGUUCAAAUUCCAAGAAAUGAAAAAGGUGUAUAAGGAGUUAGAAAUUAAGGGGAAUGGUUAUAAGAAAAGGCUUGAGGACUUGGAAAUUGCUCUACAAAAGCAUAUGGAACAGAUACAGAAAGAUCUAGUAGACACUGAAAAGCUUCAAGCGACCUUGGCUGAUGAGACUCUAAUUGAGGCUUGUGACCUGAAAAGGGCACUUGAAAUGGUGGCAUUGCUGGAAGCACAGCUGAAAGAGAUGAAUCCAAACCUCGAUUCAAUCUCAGAAUAUCGAAGAAAAGUUUCACUGUAUAAUGAGCGAGUUGAGGACCUUAACACAGUUACCCAACAGCGCGAUGAUAUAAAGAUGCAGUAUGAUGAAUGGAGAAAGAAAAGGUUGGAUGAAUUCAUGGCAGGAUUCAAUGCAAUAUCUUUGAAGUUAAAGGAAAUGUAUCAGGUUUGUCUUGACAGCAUACAUUAAACUGUUAUUUGGCUAAAAUAAGGCCCUUCUUUCAUUGUUUAUUAGUACUAUUUUUCGUAGGGGGUGGCCAGGGUGUGGGGUGGUAGAGUGAGAGGCCAAAAGCAAGAUUGUUCUUUCUAUGUUUCUGGUUGUCCUUAAAUGGUGGUUUUUUAUUUUGGAAUUCAGUUUUUUG